AUGUGGAAAAGACUUCUUAAAGUGAGGGAUAUAUUGGUUAAUAAGUUUGGAAGUGUUGAAAGGGUGAAGAAUACAAUUAAUGAAUGUUGUUCUAAUGACAAAGUUAUUCUUUCUGCCAUGUACAGUUACUUGAUUCAACCAGCUCCAUUGGUGAAUUGGCAUGAUACAGUUUGGGAUGGUCUCCUAUAUCCUAAGCACUCUUUCACUCUAUGGCUGACAUGUGAUUCAAGGCUACUAACUAAGGAUAGACUUUUCCGAAUGGGGAUGUUAAGCACAAAUCAGAGCAAUUGUGUGUUGUGUCAAUGGAAUCAAAGGAAAACAAUAAAUCAUAUUUUCUUUGAGUGUCAGUUUUCGGCUGAAGUAUGGAAUAAGAUAAUGGAAUGGUUGAGAUUUAAAUGGAAACCUUGUAAUUGGAAUCAGCUCCUUAACUGGUAUUCUUGCAACCUAAGAGGAAAGGGUCCCAUGAAGAAACAUAAGAGAAUGUUGUUAUCGAUGACAAUGUACACAGUCUGGCAGGAAAGAAAUUUUCGUAUCUUUCAAGGCAAGAAGAGGGAGGCUAAGCAAAUUGUUCAUGUUAUCAAGUUUUUAGUCUACACAAAAGUUUUGAAUGAGAACUCAUAUGUUCAUAUAAGAGAUCUCCUUAAGAAAAUAUAA